UCCGACCAGGGCUUCGACCUCAUGAACAAGUUCCUGACCUACUUCCCUGGGCGGCGGAUCAACGCUGAAGAUGGCCUCAAACACGAGUAUUUCCGAGAGACCCCACUUCCCAUUGAUCCCUGGAUGCUCCGCACGUGGCAUGCCAAGAGGGAGCAGCAGCGGGUGAAGCGAGGCACCACCCCUCGGCCGCCUGAAGGGGGCUUGGGCUACAGCCAGCUGGGUGACGAUGACCUCAAAGAGACUGGUUUCCACCUGACCACCACAAGCCAGGGGGCCUCCGCUGCAGGUCCUGGCUUCAGCCUCAAGUUUUGA